UUUUUCGGCUAAAGGCGGUAUGUGUAUUUGCUGCUGUCUCCCCCAGCCCCGCAUCCUCGGAGAGGGCGGUGCGCGAUGGAGUUUGCUGGAGAGUGGUGCUGAAGGGACAGCUCCCACGCCACCCUCCUUACGGGAGGGACUGCGCUUGAAAGACAAACCUGAGUUGCAUUUUCACCUUCAGAUUAGAGUCUCCCCAACCAGCCGCUCGGAUUACAGCAGCCAGCACCCAGUCCCUUAGGUGCUCUGACCAGCCAUCCAUGGUUUUGCUUUCUCUCUGUGAUGGUUACUCUUCAUUCCGAUGUUGAAAGAUUGCAUGUAUUGUGCAAAAUGAGGGAGGCGAGAUCUACCAGCAGGCGGUGGGGGCUGCUUUUAUUCCUUUCGCAGUUCAGCACCAAGGAUGGUGGAAUAGCCACCUGAACAUGGGGAGAAAAACAACAAGUAGUUCUCGCCUGACAGAGACACACACAGGUUGGCGGAGGAUCCGCCAACAGCUGCGAAGAAAACAGCGUCUGGUAUAUGAAGAGGAGCCUCUCUCUCUCUCCUCAUUAAGUCAUGUCUGACCCAGAGAGAUGGGCAAGCUCGAGGAUAACGAGAGGGUGAUCCUCAACGUGGGGGGCACCCGGCACGAGACCUACCGGAGCACGCUGAAGACCCUGCCGGGGACCCGGCUGGCCCUGCUCGCCUGCGAGUCCCAGAGCGAGUCGUCGGGCGGGGAAGAGCAGCCGCCGCCGCCGGCUCCCCCGCCACCGCCUCCCCCCAACCUGCCCCCGCAGGUGCCGGGCGGCUGCCCGGAGGCCAGCAGCGGCGGCCCCAGCGAGUUCUUCUUCGACCGGCACCCGGGGGUCUUCGCCUAUGUGCUCAACUACUACCGCACGGGCAAGCUGCACUGCCCGGCCGACGUGUGCGGGCCGCUCUUCGAGGAGGAGCUCGCCUUCUGGGGCAUCGACGAGACCGACGUGGAGCCCUGCUGCUGGAUGACCUACCGCCAGCACCGCGACGCCGAGGAGGCGCUCGACAUCUUCGAGACCCCCGACCUCAUCAACGGCGAGCCGCCCCUCGACGGCGACGACGACGACCUGGCCGCCAAGAGGCUGGGCAUCGAGGACGUGGGGGCGGCCGCCGGGCCCCCCGACGGCGUGGGCGGGCGCUGGAGACGGCUGCAGCCCCGGGUGUGGGCGCUCUUCGAGGACCCCUACUCCUCCCGGGCCGCCAGGUUCAUUGCUUUUGCCUCUUUAUUCUUCAUCCUAGUUUCAAUUACAACCUUUUGUUUGGAAACCCAUGAGGCUUUCAAUACUAUUAUAAACAAAACCGAGCAUGCCAUCAAUGGCACAGAGGUGGUUCUACAGUAUGAAAUUGAGACAGAUCCUGCUCUGACGUAUGUGGAAGGAGUCUGCGUGGUGUGGUUUACAUUUGAAUUUUUAGUCCGUGUUGUUUUUUCACCCAAUAAACUUGAAUUCAUCAAAAAUCUCUUGAAUAUCAUUGACUUUGUGGCCAUUCUGCCCUUUUACCUAGAGGUGGGCCUGAGUGGGCUCUCCUCCAAAGCUGCUAAGGAUGUGCUUGGCUUCCUCAGGGUGGUGAGGUUUGUGAGAAUCCUGCGAAUCUUCAAACUCACCCGGCACUUUGUAGGCCUCAGAGUGCUGGGCCACACACUCCGAGCUAGCACCAAUGAGUUUUUGCUGCUGAUAAUAUUCCUGGCACUAGGUGUGUUGAUAUUUGCCACCAUGAUCUACUAUGCUGAGCGAGUAGGGGCCCAGCCCAAUGACCCAUCUGCUAGUGAGCACACACAGUUCAAAAAUAUCCCCAUUGGCUUCUGGUGGGCUGUGGUCACCAUGACUACCCUUGGGUAUGGGGACAUGUAUCCUCAGACUUGGUCAGGCAUGUUAGUGGGUGCUCUGUGUGCUCUCGCUGGGGUGCUGACUAUAGCCAUGCCCGUGCCUGUCAUUGUCAACAAUUUUGGAAUGUACUACUCCCUGGCAAUGGCGAAGCAGAAACUUCCAAGAAAGAGGAAGAAGCACAUCCCUCCUGCUCCUCAGGUGAGCUCCCCUACCUUUUGCAAGACAGACUUGAAUAUGGCCUGCAAUAGCACACAGGGAGAUGUCUGCCUCGGCAAAGACAACCGGUUGAUGGAACACAACAGAUCAGUGUUAUCAGGUGAAGACAGUGCUGGAAGUGAGCAGCCACUCUCACCUGGGGAAAGGCACCCACCAAUCAGACGCUCUAGUACCAGAGACAAAAACAGAAGAGGGGGAACAUGUUUCCUACUGACAACAGGUGAUUACACGUGUGCUACUGAUGGAGGGAUCAGGAAAGAUAACUGCAAAGAGGUUGUCAUUACUGGUUACACGCAAGCUGAGGCCAGAUCUCUUUCUUAAUGGCUUGGGGAAGGCACAAAACAUGAAAGAAAGGUAAACACCAUCCAGGCUUGCAAUUUUAAGCUAGCAAGUGCUGCUUGGUACUGUAGUCAUUUUUCUACUCCAGGGUUCUUCAACAUUUUCAGAGGCAGAGUGCCAUGUAAAAGCAAGAAGAUUAUUGCUUUUAUCUGUACAAAUAUAGGAGGGCAGUAGUUCUCAAAAGGGGUUUGACCAGCCUUAAAUAUGAUUCAUGAGCUUCAUAAAUUUCUUCAGUCAGUGUUUUUUUGAGGUGCUUUGUUCUAUAUGUUGUUUCGUCUGUCUGUUUUGCUACGUGUCUGCUGUAUUCUUCAUCUGUCUCCAUAAAGCACAGAAGUACCUUUAAAAUGUCCCCAUCUUUUAAGAUUAACAGUUGAGUACAUUUUCUCCUUUUCCCCCUUUUUGGUACAGACUAUACAUUUCAAGUGUAGGUUAAUAUCCUUUAGCCUACCUAAUGUGGGAACUUUGAAGAUCUUUGAAACGUGGGAUUUAGCAAUGAUUUUGCCAUUCUAACUGGUUGUCUACUGCAGCCGCAUCAAUCCCGCUACCUAGCAACCAACAUUCAUUACUGUAUUCAAACGGUAUCCCCUCCAGUGGCUUUUUCUUUCAAUUUAAAAAGUAAGAACCUGUUUACGCAACAGUACAAAUGCAAUAGUAGAUUUGAUAUUUUGGGCUGGUGAGGAAAAAAACACCCAACAACAUAGUCUUAUGGAAGAAAAAAAAAAGCUAAACUAAGUCUUAAGAGAUCCUUGAGAUUGUUGAAUAAUCCCUGACUGUCAUAUGUUUAUAUUUUUUGUUAGGAAGAGAAAUAACAUUUAUUGUUGACCAUGUAACAUAUUCUUCUGUAUAUAGCCUAGCUCUACAGCAUGACAUGCAUGUCAGACUUCUUGUACUAUAAUAUAUUUAUCAAAGUAUACAUUUCUGAUAUUUAGAGAUGUACAAUGAUUUAGUUUUGGUAAAACAUUGCCAAUAGAGAGAGAUAAUUGCAAACAGCUUUUUAGCAAAGGAAUUAAUAUAAUAUCUGGUGCUGCUGUUAUAUUGACUACAGUGUUGUACAGAAUUUAUCAUGGAUUUUUGACUGCUGAAAAAGGGACAAUGGAAUUUAGCCAUACCAAGGACUGUACUGGAAAGAGACUACUGCUGCUGAAUGGGCCAUGAUAAACAACUCGUGCAUUGAACAGGUCAUUAAGCCGUCACAUGGGAAGUAGAGAUUAUUAUGAAGAUGAAGGACUGAUUUCAAUUGCUGCUGCCAGUGGAAGAGGUGACUAGUCACUGUUGAUGAGUCAGCUGUAAAUACAAUGUGUGUGCAUGGAAUAUCAGCGUUUGCCAUCUAUGUCAGAGGAAGCUGAAUUCAAAGUCAUCAGAUCUCAGACUCCAUGCAAAGAACCACGUGCCUCUCUCUGUGUAUUCUCCCUGGUUCCCGCAGUAUGGUUGUGCUGUGGAUCAUGCAAAGGCACACACUUACAAUGAUAGUGAUGUAAACUACAUCUGUCUUCACUUCCCUCAUAACAAAGGUAUUUUUUUUGCAAGGGUCAUGACCAUGGACAGAGUGGAUUUUGCUACAAGUUCUUGUUUUCUCAGUUUGCCAUAUCUAUAUUUUUAUGAAUUCCAGUGUACAUGCCAAUUUUUGUUUACUUUUCACUUUGAUAAGAGAAAUGUGACUGCAGACAAACAUCACAGACUUUGUUCACAGUACACAGUCUUUUUUCAUUGUUACCUCAGACUAUAAGUAUUAUGAGAAAUAAAAUUCUGUCAGCAAGAAUAUUUGGGUUUUUUAUUCAAACUAUCACAGAAGCAACAUCAAUAAAUAUCAAAUAUGUAUUAAAAUUAUAUCCUAAAAAUGUAUAUUUUGCAUAAGAGAGAUAUUCUUUGAUCAAUUACUUUUUGUGAGUUUUGUGGUAAAUUGAUCUAGUCUGUUCUAUGUCUUUGAUGCAUUGUAGUUGGUACAGUGUAUUAAUUAUGUUCUCCCCAUCCUAUUUAAUGAGAAUUUCUCCAGAAUAUGUUUGUCAUCCUGGUAUCCUGAAUGUAGGGACUAUCCCAGUUGUGAAACUCUGUAUCGUGGAACUUUUGUGAACACGUCAAGGUGCAUGCACAAUCCUGGUGGAAACUAAUAGAAAUGUAACUAACUGAAAUGGAGAAUAAAAGGCAAAUGAUUUGGGGAUGAGCUUGGAACAUACCUUAUAA